AUGUCAAAAACUUUCCGCACCGUUAAUCCUUUCCGAAAAGCUACAUUAUCGAUUUGCCAGCAACAGCAAAAAAGAUGGGCAUCCGCUAAUGCUGCUACUUCAUCACAAGGUGAUCCUCGUUUAGAAACAAUCCGCCGUGUAUUAUUCGAACCACCACGUCGAGAAAAAACACUUGAAUUGGAGGGCGAGCUCUUAGAACAACAUGAAACAAUUGAGCGUGCUUGGAAACUUCAUAAAAUGCGUGUUAGAGAACAAAGAGAAAGAACACUGGAACGCCAAUUUAGAACUAUGAAUGCAGCAAUGACAGAAUUGGAAAAAACAAGUAAUCGUUUAUAUAAAGGUGCUAUUGUGAGAAGUCGACAUAUUACUUAUCCUAGACAAGCAAAGAUUCCUACGGAAACACCACCUACUCAAGGAUGGGAUUACUCUUACAAAGCACCUGAAGAGUCUCAAUCAUAA